AUGGAGAAGAAGAAUAAGGGCAACAUGCUAAAUUACAAGAAGAAAAAAGAAACUAUCAAGAAAAAAACUAGAGAGCUUUCAAUCCUCUGUGACGUUAAAGCUUGUGUCAUUCUUGUUGAUCCUAAUGGAAAAGUCGAUACAUGGCCUGAAAAUCCCACUGAUUUCAACCCCAUUAUUCAAUCCUACAAAGAAAAUCUCUGUCACGGCAAGAGAAAACGAAUUGACGAUGAUGGGUGUUUUGAGAAAAAGUCGAAAAAGAAUCAUGCUCUGUUUUGCGAUGAUGAUGAAAAUCAGUGGCUUAAUGAUGUGUUUAGAGAGUCGAAUGAAAGUUUGUUGGUGAAAUUGAAUUCGAAAUUAGAAGCUGUGGAUAGAAGAAUUGAAUUCCUGAAGAUGAUGAAUUAUGGGAAUGGGGUUGUUGGAGGAUCAAGUUCAAGUGCGAAAGAAAGUUUACUUGCUAAUCAAGAAACCCAUAAUCGACUUGAAAACAGCAACGCGUAUAAUCAAGAAACAGAAAUUGCUAUGGCGGCUGAGUUUUGGGUGAUUGGUGGUGAUGAAUCUGCUAAUGAUCGGGGCAAAGAAAUUGAUUUUCUGAGAGAUAAUGCGACAGUAAACAAUUUGAAUAAUGUGCAGAAUUUUGGGUAUGAUGAUCAUCUUUGGCCAGUCAUCGCUGCUUCUGAAUUUUCGACUUGUAUUAAUUAA